AUGUCGGCAAAAGCCAAUAUGAACGGAACGAAGUACCCGCCAGUGAAGGAAACUUUACCAGAGGUUGAAACGGAAAGCAACGGGAAUGGACACAAAAUGUACUCUUAUGAAAUGCUGGUAGAGAUGUCCGACUACCUCUUAACGAAGACCAAAAUCCGACCAAUAAUUGGAAUAAUUUGCGGGUCUGGAAUGGGUUCGUAUUGGAAAGACGGUUCCUUAGCUGAGACUAUAACAGAUGCUGAAAAAAUACCAUACGAGGAGAUUCCUAACUUCCCAGUGAGCACAGUAGAAGGUCACCACGGUCGGCUGGUAUUUGGUCGUCUUGGAGAUGUUCCAGUUGUGGCCAUGCAGGGCCGCUUCCAUUACUAUGAAGGAUAUCCCUUAUGGAAGUGUUGUCUACCUAUCCGAGUUAUGAAAUUGUUAGGGAUAAAAACUUUAAUAGCCACGAACGCAGCCGGUGGAUUGAACCCAAAUUACAAAAUCGGCGAUCUCAUGAUUGUUAACGACCAUAUAAACAUGAUGGGUUUCGCUGGGAACAAUCCGUUGCAUGGCCCCAACGACGAAAGAUUCGGCCCUCGUUUCCCGCCAAUGAAUAAGGCCUACAAUUAUGAAUACCGGCAAAUCGCAAAAAAGGUUGCGAAGGAACUCAAACUAGACAACAUCGUCAAAGAGGGUGUAUACACAUGCCUAGGAGGACCUAACUUCGAAACCGUAGCCGAAUUAAGAAUGUUGAAGAUGGUCGGUGUCGAUGCUGUGGGUAUGUCGACUGUACACGAGGUAAUAACAGCAAGACACUGCGAUAUAAAGGUGUUUGGUCUAUCGUUGAUAACGAACGAAUGCAUCACAAAUUACGACGCAGACACUGAGGCUAACCACGAAGAGGUUCUGGACGUGGGCAGAAUGAGGCAGGAACUCCUAAGGGAAUAUAUCGCUAGACUAGUUUCUGAAUUCGCCAAAAUUGAAAGGACCAAAUGA